AUGUCCAAAGAAGUUGCAAAUGGAUCAGCACACAAUGAGACCCAGGACAGUAUUCCAGGCAAAGAGCUUCUGGACGCUUUAGCAAGCAUGCGGUUCGACUCGAGGUACAGUGAUUUGACCAUUCUGUGCGGUGAUGAAUCCUUCGCUGUUCAUCGGUGCAUAGUCUGUACACGGUCAGACUUCUUUGCCAGAGCUUGUGAUGGGAAGUUCGCUGAGGCUUCCACGCAUACAGUUAGGCUAGAUGAAGAGCCAGCAUUAGUAAAGCAGAUGAUUGAAUAUUUUUACACCUUGGAUUAUCAGAUUCCGGGAUACAAAGAGAAUACAUCUUUCCAGCCCAAAAGAAAGGCGUCCUCAGGCAAUGCAGAUGAAUUUUUGGAAUCAUCUAAGCUGCGCACGGAACCAGCACCUGCUUUUGAUCCUCUUUGUUUUCAUGUUUUGAUGUAUUCGCUUGCAGACCGUAUGUUCAUAAGAGGUCUGAAAAUUCUUUCCCAGCAAAAUGUUGAGCGGGAACUGGGUCAACAGCUGGACGCGGUCUCAUUCCCACAAGCGGUUUUGGAGAUCUACAACUCCACUCCCCCGGAGGACCGAGGGCUUCGAGAUUUGGCCAUACAAUAUACGAUGGACAAUCUAACUUCACUGAGGAGUGAAGAAGAUGCUCCUGCGGCAUUUGAAGAUAGCCUUUUGAAAUUCGCUCCUCAGUUCUCGUAUGACUUGUUGGUGGCGGUUAUGAACAAGUCUGUACAGGAUUGGAUCCAAUACGGCGCAUGUAGAAAGAACUGGCAGGGAAAAUAUUACUACUACUAG